AUGGGACAGACACUGUCGCAGCCCAUAGUCAAGAAGGAGUCGGACGAAGGCGAGGAUGAGUGCGUCGUGUAUGGACUGUCAGCGAUGCAGGGAUGGAGAAUCACCAUGGAAGACGCACACGCUGCCGUUCUAGAUAUCCAAGCCAAAUACCUCGACAAGAGCCAUGGCCCGACCAGUGCUGAUAAGCGUUUAUCGUUCUUCGGCGUCUAUGACGGCCAUGGUGGGGAGCAGAUGGCACUAUACGCAGGGGAGCAGGUCCACAAGAUCGUUGCCAAGCAGGAGUCGUUUGCAAAGGGAGAUAUCGAGCAGGCGUUAAGAGACGGCUUCCUGGCUACCGACCGUGCUAUCCUCGAGGACCCGCAAUACGAGAACGAAAUCUCUGGCUGCACAGCUUCCGUCGCCAUAGUCUCAAGAGAUAAGAUUAUAGUGGCCAAUGCUGGAGACUCCAGAUCUGUUCUCGGUGUCAAAGGCCGAGCAAAGCCCUUGUCCUUUGAUCAUAAACCACAGAAUGAAGGCGAGAAGGCACGAAUAAGCGCCGCUGGCGGCUUCGUCGACUUCGGCAGAGUCAAUGGCAACUUGGCACUAUCCCGAGCCUUGGGGGACUUUGAAUUCAAACGCGCCGCAGAUUUAACCCCUGAGCAGCAGAUCGUAACUGCCAAUCCCGACGUCACAACCCAUGAAGUUACCGAAGAUGAUGAAUUCUUAGUUAUUGCUUGUGACGGUAUAUGGGACUGUCAGUCUUCGCAGGCUGUAAUAGAAUUUGUUAGGAGGGGUAUCGCGGCGAAGCAGGAGCUACAUCGUAUUUGUGAGAAUAUGAUGGAUAACUGUCUCUCCUCAGACCCGGAAACCGGUGGACUGGGCUGUGACAACAUGACCAUGGUCAUUAUAGGGUUACUACACGGCAAAACCAAAGAGGAGUGGUAUAAUACCAUUGCUGAGAGAGUGGCAAAUGGAGAUGGCCCCUGUGCUCCACCCGAAUAUGCGAGUUUCCGUGGCCCGGGCAUCCGCCGGCAGUUUGACGAGGGACCCGAUGGAUAUGAUUCAACAGGCCCAACAGGUCGGUCGGGACGAAUCAUCCUCCUUGGUGACGGUACCGAAGUGCUUACAGAUAUGGGCGACGAAGACAUGUUCGAUAGUGCCGAUGAAGACAAGGACUUGGAAAGCCAGAUCCGGAGAGAGGUGACGGACGAGUCUGAGGAGUCUGAAAGAAAGGAGCGUGAGGGCACGCCUGGACCGCAAGCGAGCCAACAAUCAACCGCCUCGAACGAAUCGGCAGGACACGAAGGCCUGACUGAAUCGCCUCGUGUCAUAUCUGCCUCACCUCUCCCAACCGCGGACUCUUCGCCAAACACAGCGUCAGAUAACAACAGCAAACCGCAGUCCUCGUAA